CACAAAAGCUGGAAUGGCUGCUGUCGGACUUUUCUCUGGUGUCAUUUUAUGAUUCGCAUGCUUUGCCUGUACUCGGAUACUUGAUUAACAUGUCUGUAUUAUUCAAUAACGAUAACUCCGAUUCUGAUGGAGAAUUGAAGAUAAAUCAAGAAUAUGCCAAUAUUUAUGAUAACUUUCGUCAAAAGGAGGAAUUACAUAAAUUGAAGGCAAGAUAUGGGGAAGCUGCUUUAUUUUCAGAAGAUGAAUCCAGUGAAAGUAGUUCAUCAGAAGAUGAUGAAAUUGAUCCACAAUUUGAUAAAGAGUUUCUUAUAACAAUGGCUUGUUUGAAAUCUGAGGAUCCAAGUAUAUAUGAGAAAGUUAAAUUCUUUAAUGAUGGCAAACAUGAAACAUUAGAAAAUACUGAAGCAAAAAACAAGGAUAAAAAGUCAAAGAAAGAGAAACCUAUCUCUUUACGUGAUUAUGAACGUAAAAUGAUAUUAGAAAGAGACGGACGGUUUAGUAGCAGCGAAGAUGAAGACAACACAAGACAAAAAAUUUUAUCUAAAACGCCCACUUAUAUGGAAGAACAAAAACAUUUAAGAGAUAGUUUCAAACAUGCUCUAAAAAAUGAAGAUGAAGAUGAAGAGAAUGAUUUUUUGAAGAUCAAACACAAGACAGAAGAGGAAAAGCAUAAAGAAGAAGAAUCAUACAAGGAAUGGUUAAGAGGUCAGGAAGUAGAAAUAGAUUCCGACGAUAAAGAAAUGCUUAAACCAUUGCGUGAUUUUUGGUCGAAUCCUAAUUUAGAUUCAAAUGAAAAAUUUUUGAGAGAUUACAUUUUAAAUAACAAACAUAUGGAUAAAGAAUUGAAUGAUGUUGACUUAGAAUACAAUCAAGUUAUUCAUGAUAGUGAUGAGAAUUUGUCGGAAGAUGAAAAAACUAUCCUAAAACAAGAGGAAUUUGAACGUAAAUACAACUUUAGAUUCGAAGAACCUGAUCAAGAAUUUAUCAAAAGAUACCCACGAACAAUGGAAAACUCGAUGCGAAAAAAAGAUACGCGCAGAGCGCAGAAGAGAGCAGAAGUUAAACAAAGAAAAGAGGAAGAGAAACAGCAAAAGAGAGAGGAACUGAAACAAUUGAAAGCGUUAAAGAGGAAGGAAAUAGAAGAAAAGAUAGAAAAGUUGAAAGAAAUUACAGGAAAUGAUGAUAUGCGUUUUGAUAACGUUGAUUUUGAUUCCGAUUUUGAUCCAAAUGAACACGAUAGAAAGAUGAAGGAACUUUUUAAUGAUGAAUAUUAUGCUGGUGGUGAAGAUGAGAUGCAAAAGCCGGAAUUCCCAGAGAUUGAUGAAGAAUUGGGUAUCGAACCCAAAUGGGAUACAUAUGAUCCAACCACAGAUAAAAUUGACAUGGAAACUGCGUCAUACGAGGAACCUCAUUGUGAAGAUCCAGAUUUUCAUAUGGAUGCUGAUUACGAUGCAUCUCAAGAUCUGCAGUCCGAAUUGAUUGAAAAUACAAAAAAGAGAAAACGAAGGAGGCGCUCUAAAUUUGCUGAACUUAUAGCAAAGGAGAAACCAAAAUUUGAUCCAAAACAAUUCCCUUCGUAUACAGAAUAUUUCGAUCAAUAUUAUUCGUUAGAUUAUGAAGACAUGAUCGGAAACUUGCCUUGUAGAUUUAAGUACAGGAAAGUAGUGCCGAAUGAUUAUGGAUUAAGUAUUGAAGAAAUCUUAAUGGCUGAUGAUAAGGAAUUGAAUAGAUGGUGUUCCUUAAGACAUGCUCUCAAGCAUAAACCGGAACAUGUAGAAAAGAAUGAAAUUCGAACAUAUAAAGAAAAAGCCGCGAAUGAAGCAUAUAAACGAAAAAUUCUUAGAAGCUUAUAUACUGAGCCAGAAGAGGAAGAAAAAGAAAAAGGAGAAGAAGAUAUAACUAAGCAAACCAAUCUUGACAAGAAGAAACGCAGACAAAAAAAGAAAACUAAAGCCAACAAUUCUACUAAUACUGAUACCAUAUGUAAAAAAGAACUCAUGCGUACAACAGAAAAUAAUAUACAGAACAAUUCUUACAAUAAUAAAGAUGAUAAAGAAGAAGAAAAAGAUAUGCAAGAGAAAAAUAUAAUAAAUAAGAGCAAAAAGCAGAAACGAAAGAACAAAUCAGAAACUGAUGGCGAUGCUCCAUUUUCUAAGAAAAUGAAGAUAGAUCACGCAGAAAAAGAAAAGUCUCAAAUAAAAGCAAAUAUUAACAUUAAAGUGGAAAAUAAUAACGAAAAAAUAACAUCUAUUGAAAAGUCUAUAAAGAGCCGGAAAAAAAAGAAGAAUAAGAAUUCUCAAGUGAAUACUGGGAAGCACAAAACAGACUAUGAUGAUUUAACAAUGUCUUUAAAUGCAAAAAGAUUGAAGACAUAUGGAAUUAACCCUAAGAAAUUAAAAAAUAAAUUGAAAUAUGGCAACAAAAAAUUAUAAAUAUUAAUGUUUUUUGUA